CAUCACAAGGUCAUAACUCCGAUAAAAACAUGUGGAAUGUAUAAAAAGAUUUAAGUCGCGAGUCUCGUCGAUAAUAUGGUGGUGAAGUUCGUGUUAGUUUAGAAAUUCGUGCACAUAAAAUGUUUAUGUGAUAACAAGUACUUAACUUAUAAUUGUUUACUUAGAAAUAAAUAUUACAAAAUGAUAGAAGGAUACGGUGCAGUAACACAGGCCCUUUUAGGGACCCUACUGACGUGGGGAUUAACUGCUGUGGGGGCCGGUUGUGUGUUUUUUAUAAGAGGAAAACAUAGAAAAUUACUUGACGUGUCAUUGGGCUUUGCGGCGGGUGUGAUGACUGCAGCGUCUUACUGGUCUCUCCUAGAGCCAGCUAUAAACAUGUGUAAAAGAUCAAAUAUUUAUGGAUCAGAGGGCCAGUAUGCCUUCGUACCAGUGGCCUUUGGAUUCUUGUUUGGAGCUGUGUUUGUAUUUGGAACUGAUAAGUUCCUGGAUUAUUUAGGAAUAAACUCGACUGGAAUGAUGAUAACUAUAACAAAGAGUAAAGACUCGAAGGAGAAAUUGGAAGACUUGGAGAUGAUGACGGCGCUGAACAGGCGGCCGUCGAACAACACUAGUGUGGUGACCAUGGACCCGCAGCAGCCGGGAGACUUCGCCGACUGCAUCAGCAACCAGCACACCGCACAGCGGCGCAGGGGCCACCACCACUCUCACCACUCACUGAAAGUUGGUGAGAACGGCGAAGGUGACCGUCGUGACAGCGUCACGAGGACGCUUGAGGCGCGGCAAUCGCAGUGGAAGCGUAUUAUGCUUCUAGUAGUUGCGAUCACCGUUCAUAAUAUACCUGAAGGACUCGCUGUCGGCGUGUCCUUUGGCGCCGCCGGCUCGUCCGACGAUGCGUCAUUCCACACAGCAAGAAAUCUGGCGCUGGGUAUCGGCAUCCAGAACUUCCCUGAAGGUCUGGCUGUCAGCUUACCGCUGCAAGCCGCUGGCUUCUCCGUGUGGAGGGCAUUCUGGUACGGCCAGUUGUCCGGCAUGGUGGAGCCCGUGUUUGGCGUGCUCGGUGCCGUCGCAGUGGCUGCUGCCCAACCAGCACUCCCCUACGCAUUGGCCUUCGCCGCUGGUGCCAUGAUCUAUGUCGUUGCCGACGACAUCAUCCCAGAAGCAAAUGCAUCUGGUAACGGCAAGCUGGCGACAUGGGGCUGCAUCAUCGGCUUCGUAGUGAUGAUGUGCUUAGACGUGGGGCUCGGGUAAGUUCCACCCGCCGCCACUCACGCCGUGCCUUCACCGACUCACGCCGACUUAAUGCUGACUAGUAUUAACACUCUGAGAUACCCCCUGUAAGUUAGAUGUAGAUAUUUUUGUAUAAAUUCAAAUGUGCUCAUCACCGUCUCGAUUUUGGAUACAUUAAUCGGAAUGGCUUUUCAAUUUCCUACAAAUUGACAGAUGCUACUUACAUUAUAUUCACAGAAAGUAUAUAAUAAUUUCAAAAUAUUCCAUUCAAUAAAAUAUUGUUUCGGAAUCUGAAUUCAUCAAUAAUUUAAUUGCAUAAUGAAGCGAUCUCAACUUUUUAGGCGGUCAUUAAAAGGUUAAGAAUCCAUCGCUCGAAAUAGUUGCACGGCACACGAGUGUGUACGUGUCUCAAAUUUUAUACGUUUUCUAUAAGUAAUUGGUUGUAUUCAGUUCUCUAAUUGGCUCGCAACAGGUAGCCACGGCGGGCACACGCCGAUGAUACUUAAUAAUUUAAUCUUUGUAUACUGAAAGGAAAGUCUCCAAGCAAAUGUUCUAUUGAUGUAAAUGUCAAUUGUAUCCAAAAUCAUCAUUUGUAUACAUCAUUAUACUGAUUGUAAGUGAAUUUCUAAGCUAGACUUACUGGCCACUGCAGAGCUUAGUAAAAUGUUCUUAAGUUUAGUUAUAUCGAGUAAUAUUUGUUAAUGUGGAUCAUCGUGUAACUUAAGUUCGAUCACUUCUAGAUCAGACUAAGUCUCCAUUGCAUUGUCAAGUCGUAUAAUAGCAUCAAUUGUAAUCCAUGUAACUUGAUCUAUGAAAUAGGACGAUAGUUGUUUACUAUGCGAAGUUCCGCAGCCAAAUUAUUUAUAAUCUUGAUGGUGGAAUUCGUUGUAAAUAUGUAAAGUGUAUGAUAACUGAGGUGCGUAGUCGACGCGGUUCCAUCCCGAAGCUAGCCAAUUGAAACGAAUUGUUUUACUCACAUACGUGUCAAAUGGCAUUCGACUAAUUAUUUUCCAGCCGCAAUAUCUAUAUUGAUCCACAGACAAAAUCGUAGUAAAAAUUCUUGGUGUAUUUCAGAAAAAAAAUCGAGUAUUUCGGAAACAAUCGUUUUGCUCAAAAGUUAUUUAGUACAAAAUCUGUGUUUCUUUGUAUAUUGAUAUGUUAAACGAAAUUCUUUCUGAAGUUAACUCGUCGAGUACCGGUUUUGUAGACACAAUUAUAGAACAAUAGGUUGCGGUCACCGGUGACCGCUUGGUGUUUGACAGUUUAAAAUAUGUAUCGGGUCAUUAUAACACAUUGCGAAUGGCAAUGUGAAUGUUAGCAGCUCCAGGAAUUGUAGUAUGGACGUCAGCUUUAUCCCACAACUGGUGGUCAAAUAUUGUAAUCCCAAAAAUGAUAUUAAUCUUUUAUACAUAAAAAGUAUUGUCUUUAAGAUGUAUCUGUAAGAUAUUUGUGGUAUUCUGGUAACUUUGGUUAGUGUAAAUUUUAUUGCGUAGUUACGAAUUCCACCUGUUCCUGUACUCUGGAUGUUGUUGUCGCCGUAUUUAUUAGUUUAUUAUUUUCCUUUUAGUGAGAUUUCACUCCGACAUCAACGUUCAGGAGUAUUUUAUUGAUUUUAAGCCGACAUUUUAAGGCCUGUGCUUGUCAGCCGCAAGCGCAGUACGCAGAGCCAUACAUAUGCAUGUUCCCAGUUAAGUCAAUUAAAUCAAUGAUUUCACUGUUCAAAAUAACUGUGACAGACCUUUCUACUGUUCACAGAACUCAAUAAUUACUUUUCAACCAUGUCUAUGUCUCUUUCUUCGAAAGUUGCAUUGAUAUUCUAUACCUACGCACCGUGUUAGACAAUUAAGUACUAGAAAUUUGCGUGAACAAACACAGACCUUAUUCUUAUAUUUAACUAGAAUAAAAUUUAAAAGACAAUAUGAACAUUUUAUAAGGAAUCAAAUAGCCUUAGUAUUUGAAAACAUUUAUGAAUCAUAGUAAUAGUUGUUAAGUGAUGUGAGCUUCUGAGAUUUACAUGUAGAACUAUAUCCGUGUACUUUUGCAUGUUAUUUGUGCUGUUCUAGCAUAUUUCUAAAUAAAUUAAUUGCUCAGUACAAAAAUAAUUUAUUCAUAAAAUCCCUUUCUUCUCAUAUUCUCAAAAGUUCACAUCACUCGGUACAUACUUAGAAUAUCCAUUAAAAUAUCCAAAAAAUGGUAUUGUAAAAUUAUGUUUAUUUUAUUAAAUAAUAUAAUAUUUAUUUAAGCGAAUUUAUUUUUACACGCUUCCAAAGUUUAUGUAGUUGUAAUGAGAGUUCAAAGUGUUUAUUUUGCAUUUAUUCAUCUAACUUGUUUGAGUUACCUGUCACAAUAGCACAAUUUUAGUUCAAACUACAUUGUUACUUAAGAUUACUUUCAUUGUUUUUAUAUUAUACAAAAUGCAGUGUC